AUGAGCGUCGUCGGUAUCGGAUGCAUGCUGUAUGGCGGAAUGGGGCUACAUACGUACAGAUCCAAUUCACGAUACAAGACGACGAUCAUCCAAACGCCAAAGCAACAAAGCGUCGAUAUGCAGCUCUGCAUACUCCACCACCGCGUGCAGGCACAGACCAUGUCAAACGAAGUCCAGACACUGUACGAGUUCCUGGGCAGCGACAACCCGGCGCCGUCAAAGACUGCUGAGGCUGUCGAGCUGGACCUGUGGCGGGCAUGGGAUAGGCACGUGGCUGGGGCGCAAAGAGAAGAGAAAAAGGGCGGCAGGAAGAUACACGAGUUGGACGAGGAGCGAUCGCUGUACCUUGCCGUCAUGGACGUGCUGAUGACGCGAAAGGAGAUGCGAAAGUACUACGACAAGGUGAUCCUGUUGCCUCUCACGAUCGCGGUAGACCGGGAGCCCGUGCUGAGGAGUCUCUGCGGGAAGCAUUGGCUGGCGAUGCAGUGA